UUAACUGAGUCACUUGCAGAUGUGCUAAAUUGGCAUUUGCAAGAUUGUGCACGGACACACCAGGAACUUGUCUGGGCCACCGCCGCUGUUGCUACUGAAUUUCAACGGGAAUUAGCCCAACAGCGGCAGCAGCAGUAG